UCUAAAUUACCAAUAUGGACACAUGGCACAGCAAAUAUAGUGCGCGAAAUCAAAAGCCCAAAUUCCACAUUCGUUGCCGGCCUCAAAAGGCGGCAAAACAACAGGCAGCAUGAUUUCAAUUUCAAAAUGUUGUCUCGUCCUCUCCAAACAGGGCAAAACCCUAAUCAACGACACAAAUCCCAUUUCAUCCUCAUCUUCCCUUAAAACUACCAUCCCUCAACUCCAAAUCCUCUCCCUAACCGUAAAAAUGUCUUCUUGGGCCUGCUCCACGUGCACCUACCUUAACCCGCCCGACCAGAAGACCCGCUGCGAAAUCUGCCACUCGGCGCAACCGCAGUCCCACCCAUCACCGUCGCCAUCGUCGUCGCCUUCAAAACCCCAGUGGUCGUGCUCGUCCUGUACUUUCCUAAACCCUUACCGUAGCGCGAGCUGCGAGAUAUGCGGGACCAGGGAAUCCGCUUCUCUGAUUUCCACUCUCGAAGUCGGCGACGAUGAGGUGGAAUUGGGUUCAUCCGUGGGCAGCGUCUUUUUGCCCUUGAAAAAUUUAAGCAGUAACAGCGGCGGUGCGGGUUUUUACGGCGGGUUAAAGGGUUCUGUCCCGCCUUUGAGGCGAGGGGAUUGCGGCGGUUUAGGGAAUGGGGGGAAGAAAGAUGUGGGUGAUGGUGGCGGUGAGGGACGUGUUUUGGGAGUUACUAGUGAGGGAUUUUCUUUAAAACGUUGCAGUAAGAGGAAAGAGAGGGAGGAAGAAGAUGCUGGUGUCGAAGUGGGUCGGGUUGGUGAUGUUAUCAGGGUUUCUAGUGGGUUUAGGGCUCCGAAGGCUGCUGGUAAGGCUAUUGAAGUUGGUUCGUCAGGUGAAACUCAUAAGUCCUCAGAUCCUAAGACAUGGAAGAUUAUGAGUUACAACAUUUGGUUCCGUGAAGAUCUCGAAAUGCGAGAGAGGAUGAGAGCACUUGGCUACCUUAUUGAACUGCACUCACCCGAUGUCAUAUGUUUUCAGGUUCUACCAAUUUUGUCCGAGUUUCUUCUAUUGCGAUAAUAGGUAUUUCAUAAAUUCCAAACAAUUGUCAGUUUUAUUGAUCCGCAGGAGGUCACCCCAAGUUUCUUUAGGAUUUUCCAGCAAUCAAAAUGGUGGAAAAAUUACCAAUGUUCAAUUCCAGAUGAAAUAUCUUUUCCAGGAGGAUACUUCUGCAUGCAGUUAUGCAGAUUGCCCGUCAAAUCCUUUACCUCACAACCCUUUCACAAUUCCAUCAUGGGCCGAGAACUCUGUGUGUCCAAUGUCGAAUUCGAGCCCGGCAAAAUAAUAACUGUCGCCACAACCCAUCUUGAAAGUCCCUGUCCAAGCCCACCCACAUGGGACCAAAUGUUCAGCAAAGAACGUGUAACCCAGGCCAAAGAGGCUGUUACAUCACUCAACAAGUACAAAAAUGCAAUCUUUUGUGGGGACAUGAACUGGGACGACAAGUUGGACGGCCCAUUUCCCUUGCCCGAUGGAUGGGCUGAUGCGUGGGCCCAACUGAGGCCCGGAGAGAAUGGGUGGACUUAUGACACUAAAUCUAACAAGAUGUUGAGUGGGAACAGAGCCCUACAGAAAAGACUGGAUAGGUUCGUUUGUAAGCUGAACGAUUUUGAGGUGAGUAAAAUCGAGAUGAUUGGGACUGAUGAGAUCCCGGGCUUGUCUUAUGUGAAGGAAAAGAAGGUGAAAGGGCAGGUUGUGGAAUUAGUGCUCCCGGUUUUGCCGAGCGAUCAUUAUGGACUGCUCGUUACAAUUUCUCCCAAGUGAUUACUGGUUAAUUAGGUGGAUAAUUGGUUAAUUUCAUCACUUUUUGCGCCGUUUUGUGGUUUUGUUCUGGUGUGGGUUAUAUAUGCUGCAUAAUUUUGUAGAUAAUGGAAUUUUAAUUAGAAGUUUUUGGAGAACUUGACUAUGAUCAGCUUUAUUAUGUUUCUGAUUGACCAGUUUUGCUGGUUAUGUUAUGCAAUGCAGCUGCCCAGUUGAAAACUAUUUAGAUGGGUUUAUUUUUUUGUUGGUCCAUUUUUAUUUUGUAGUGGCCGUUUGAUUUCAAAAUCACUACUUAAAAUUACACACAUAUUGUAAACAAA